AUGUUAGUAGUAAGACGUUAUAUUUCAACUACCUCCAGUAGGAACAUCAUCAAAAAGGUUACAGUUUACGGAGCAGGACAUACAGGCUCUGUUAUCGCCCAAACAGCAGCUCAACAUGGAAAUCAGACGACUUUGGUUGACCCAAAAAAAACUGCACUGAAGAAAGCUUCCAGAACUAUCACUCACAAUUUGAGAAACGUUGCCGAACAACUUUAUCGAGAACAUGAGGUAGCUCAAAAAAAAUUUGUUGAUGAAACGAUGAGUAAAAUACAGUUGAACACAAAAAUUGAUCCAAUAGAAGAUGUAAAUUUAAUCAUCGAUGCCAUAACUGAGGAUUUAAACGCUAAACGAAAAUUAUUCAAAUAUUUAGAUCAAAUUUCACCUGAAGAAACAUUAUUCGCUUCAUCAACCAACAUAUUUUCCAUUAGCCAGAUUGCCUCUGCGGUGAAUAGAAAGGAUAAGUUUGGUGGAUUACAUUUUCUCAAGCCCGAAUACCAAGUACCACUUUUGGAAAUAAUAACAAUUCCAGAGCAGUCUCAAGAUACCUACAAAUCAUUUGUCGCUUGGGGUAAAUCUUUAGGCAAAACUUGCGUCACUUGUAAGGAUACCCAUGGAUUUAUCGUCAAUAGGUUAUUGCUGCCUUACGUUGCAGAGGCACUUAGAAUGGUAGAAAGAGGCGAAGCUUCUCCAAAUGACAUAGAUUCUGCCAUGAAACUGAUUGCAGGUACUUCCAUGGGCCCCAUUGAACUCUCGGAUUUGAUUGGUCAAGACACUUUAACCGCUAUUCUGGAAGAAUGGCACAAAAAAUAUCCCAAGGAUAAUUUAUUUAUACCUGUAGGAUCCAAGCCAAAGUCUGUUGAGGUAGACUGGGGAAUCUGUGUUUUGUGUAAGUUAAGUACGGGAGAAGAUCUCACUUUCCCCGGUAGAAGUAACAGACCUGAUAAAAAUGAAGGGUACUCUAAAUUGGCACAGAAUUUGGAAGAGUUUGAGAAACUUGGACAGGUGCCGAAAGGGCUCAAUGUGUCGUCCCUCAAGGAAGGCGCAGGAUUGCUAGAUACCCUGAUCAACAAAGCAGCAGGCUGGCACAGAACCUGUUACCUUGAGUUCAGCCCAUCAAGACUCGAGAGAGCAAGAAAGAAGCCUAGACCUAGUGAACCUGCAUUGCCAUUGAUUUCCCCUGUCAAGACACGGACUAAAAAAGAGUCAUUUUCCCCAGAUAUAUGUUUAUUUUGUGGAAGCGUUGGUACAAGAUAUCACGUUUUGAGUACUGUUUCAACUCAGCACUGCAGCCAAGAAAUAUAUGAUUGUGCCAAAAAAAUGAAAGACACGCAAUUGCUGGCGAAACUGGCGGGUGCUAGUGACUCUAUGGCUCAUACCCUCAAAGCCAACUACCAUAACAAAUGUCGAGCCAAUUACAUGAAAAGGGUUAAAAGAAUGUCGGCUUCAUCAGAAAUCUCGUCAGAGCUAGAAGAUUUGGUGCAGCAAAAAUUGGAACUGAUGAAUGAAUUGGGCAAGAGUAAAGUAGUACAACAACGACUGCUCGAUAAAACAUCAUUUCACAAGGGGUUCGAGGCUAGGGAAGAACUCGUUGUAAAGAUGCAAUAA